UUGAUGUUAGAUAUGAUUUUUUGUUAAACAUGUUUUGUAUAUAUGGCCGACUGGAGGAGAAGUGACUGCAUUCGCUCUCGAGACACGACCAAGGAAAGAUUUCUCUGCAACUUCGCCAUGUCUCGCCUUCUUCUGCUUGUGGCUUUGGCCGUAUUUACCGCAUACGUCGCCAAUGGUCACGGACACGGUCAGCCCCCGACCUUCGAGUGCGAGGAGGACGGUAUCUUCGUUGACAUUUACAGGGACUGCCAAGUGUUCUACCAUUGCGAGGAUGGCGUCCAGACCACGUCCGGCUGCCACAACGGAUACCGCUAUGACCUGGAAACGUACACCUGCCGACCCCCGACUGAGGUCAGCUGUCCUUAUCCAGGAAUUUAAGUGAACAGACCGGAGGAAGAAAAAGAGAGCGAGAAAAGGAGUGAUAAGAGACAGGGGAGAAAGUGAUUGUGAGAGUGAUAUAACGUAAAAAAAAAAAGAAGAAGUUAGAAACGCAUUAUGUUUUGGGUUUUUAUCGUGUUUUCCCUCUUUCUUUCUCUUUUUAUUCAAAGCUGGACAUGUCUACGCUAUAAUUGCCUCAGUUUAUAGUGGUUGUUUUAAAUGUACGUCAACUCUUAAUGCAGAUCGUCCCCGUAUGUAUUUUCAUG